AUGGGGCCGCCAAAACCCUUUCUUUACCCUCUCAAAACACCAAAGACCACGACCAUGUUCCCCUCCGAGCUUCACGACUCCCCUGUUACCUCUACAUCCACCACGUUUGACCCUAUUAUCAAACGUGAGGACGGAAGUCCUAGCAGUGGCAGUGCAAGACUGACCCCUCCGGACUCUUAUACGAAGUUCCUCGAAGCCCUCACACCGACCUUCAGCCCUGUCACUCCUGGUGCUGGAUUCAAACGGUUCAACUUUGAAACGCGUUUCGAAAAGCGAUUCGAAAAGCGAUUCGAAAAGCGCUUCGAAAAGCGUCGCCCUUCACCCAUCUCUGUACCUUCGAGCGCAUCUAGCGACGGCCCAAAGACUACUGGCGCUCUCCUCCCAUCCUCGCCCACAAUGACCAGUCCCAAAUCCACCACUCCACAAUCUGCUAGGCUCGCCGUUCCUUUACGGCGGCUUUGCAUCCCCCCGACAUGCAUAUACUCGCCUAUUUCAGACUCACCAGCAAGUGCGCGCACAAUCAGAUCGCCAUUCACACCGUCAGAUUGGAAGGUUAUUGAAACACCAAGGAGCGCCGGUAGUGGGAAGCCAGUCCGAGUAAGACAUGUGGUGACCCGGACGGUAACAUACAAGCGCACGCAUUUGGAUCCUCCGCCUCGGGGAAAGCGACGCAAGACCAGUGAGAGUGGGGACACUUAG